AUUUCAUGUUUACAUUUUGUACUUUAGAUACCUUUUAAGCAUCUAGGUCACCUUUUCCUAAUAUUUCACAGAUGCAAAAUAAAAACAUCACCUUCUAACAGCUUUUUCUAACAAACUUGGAACUAAGGAGUCUCAGUUUCUUCAGACUGUGGCCCAAAGCAUUUGCUAUGGCACGAGUCACAGUCAUUCCCAUCCUGCUGAUGUUAAGCUUUUUCCAGCAUGAGACACUGUUUUCUGCAAUCCUGGCAAGCGGACAACAAGAAGUAAAGGAUGCACUUAGGCUCCAUAAUGUUCUGUGGGUCACCAAGAAUGAUUCAAGAGUCAUUUUGUCGUGGAACAAUAACCUGACAAAAGAAGAAACAAAGAAAUACACUGUGAAGUAUAUUUUGAUUUAUAAAUUCUUCAAUACAACUAAGGAAAGAAAAGAAAGACUGCAGGAGAAGGAAAAGAUAAUACAUCUUAAAUUGCACCCUGGUUUUAAUGCUAAAGUUAAGACACAAAUUUUUGCAAAAGAAACAGAAGACAUAAUUAAGGAGAGUGACUGGACAGAACUUACUUACAAGGCACCUCCAGUCUACAUUCAGAAUCUUUCGUGCAUCAUAUAUAACAUUUCUUUUUUCAAUUGCACCUGGCAUAUCAAAGCAGAAGCUCCUGAAGAUAUCCAGAUCUCUGCCUCAUACAGACAUGCAGGAGAAGUUUUUGCAUGCCAGCAAUAUAUAAAAAAUGCAAGGAAGAAAAAUAUUGGCUGCUAUAUGAAAGAAGYAUAUUUCCAACCAUCAAGGAAAAUCAAUUUAAAUAUAACUGUAAGAGAUUUGAGAAACAGUUCAAUAGGACUGUCUUAUUACAAAGCCUUCACACCUCAGGCAAUAGAAAAGCUGAACUCACCAACCAACAUCUCAGUUUCCCUUCAAAAAAAAAGUAUUACAAUUCACUGGAAACCACCACCUACUAUUGGGUCAGCAAGUAAGAAGUGUUUUUUGUAUCAAGUGAGAAUAACAGAUCAUAAGAUUGUAAAUGUYACUGCAGAGAACUAUAACUUUCCAUUUCAUAAGCCAGCAAAAAAAUGUGCAGCACAAGUGAGGGCAAAGAAAGAGAUUUGCAUAGCAAACAAGAUGUGGAGUGAAUGGAGUGAACCAGUAUUUAUUCACCAUGGUAAGAUAAAGCAUAUUCUUCUGCUGAGCCUCACAGUGUUCUGUCCUCUGCUUUUCCUUGGAGGUUUGCUGAUGUGUGCAUGCAGAAGGUAUGGAUGCCUGGAGGCUCUAACCACGCCUGUUCCACAUCCUUCAGAUAAUAUCAAAARCUGGUUAGCAGAUGAGAUUCACCACCAGCAACAUGUGCCAAUGCAAAUGGAGAUGCRCUCAGAGGUUAUUGUGGGAAUACCMGAAGAGAACAGAGAUGAGAACAUCCAACUACAGAAAUGUUUGCAGGAAUUCAUGUCAGAAGACCUGUAAAGAUGACACGCCUUUUUCAUCUGUGUGCAAGAGUACCUUUCCAAGAGGUGGACAAUAUGCUAACAGAACAAAGAAGACCUGAUAUGGGAGUUUGUCUGAGCCCAAUAAUUUGAAGUAUUCUGUGCUCUGACAUUAUGCAACUCUUAAAAUUAGCUUUGGAUCACAAACACAAAACAGUAUUUUGAAGCUAGUCUCUCAAAAAWCUGACCUUCAGCCCAGCAAAAUUACAGCAUCUCAGACAAUGUGAGCUGAUGAGGUCUGCUUGGGUUAAAAUGAAAUGAGAGUUAGUAUUUUAUAAUGCUGCAAUAGCUUCCAAGCUGUCUGAUAGAUCAAGACCUUUUGAAGACUGGCUGCUCAUAAUAAUCUGAUACCAGCUAUUCAGCAUCAGAUUGAAGUGGUCAUGAGAAAUGGUGGAAGCAGUGAAUGUUUCUGGAAACAGCAAGAGAAUCUCACAAGCGUUCUCUAAAACUCCARAGCAAAUCCUUUUCUGAGUCACUGCACUUUGUAAGUACACAUCAAACAGAAAGAAGAGUUAUGUGUGAAAACAUAAGGUUUUUUUAAUGUUGUGGGUUUUGCAGUUGGCAAAAUUAGUAAAAUGAGAAAACUUCAGACAAGGUAAAGAAAACAAAGUUUUCUCCUGUACUGUGAUUGUUGUACAGUGAUUGUUUAAAUAAGUUUAACUCAGAGAAGUUAAUGUUCAGAACUGACCAAUUUUUGCUAUUUAUUUUUCCMUGUCCUUUUACAGCAAUCUUUCCUACUGAUUCCAUGAGGUGAUGAGCUAUGCUAGUUCAUUUUCAGGUACACAAUCAGAGAAGAUUAUUUUAACACUUAAUUGGGAAAAUAUUUAUUUGACUAGAAGAGAAAGAAUUGUUUUUUCAAUGAAGACUUCUCUUUUUUGUAGAUGUGAAAUACAAAUCAAUGAUUGACAUAAUUAUUGGAAGAUUUGGAAGAUACCUAAAAAUUCCUUGCUUUCAUUACUGAUAAUACUUUUCCAUGUCAGAAUAAUAUUGGUUGGAUGAAAUAACAAUAUAAAAAUAAUUUUUCUUUUGCAUGGUCAGACACCAUGUCUGUGGAUAGACAGUACAAUUAAUUUCAUUGUCCAGUGUUCGAUGUUUUCUUAAGAAGAGGGGAAGGGACUCCUACUUUCUCAUAAAAAUCACUAGAGGAAGYAUUAGAAAGCAUCAUGAACUUACAGAUUCCUUUCUUGGUGACGAUAURGAAUGGAUAAAAUUAAAAAAUCAGAACAGAUGUGAGGUAAGAGGGGUAAAGGGGAGSCACACUGGCCACUCACAUCUGGAACACAGACUUCAUAGAAUGAAAUCAGGCCACAGGGAAUAUUAUAUUGUUCCUUAAAAUAUAUUUUAUAAACAUAUAUUUUAUAUAGUUUUGGCUUGCAGUGCUUGAAGCCCUAAAGCAGUGCCAGGAUUUAAAAUAAGACAGAACAUAGAGAUUCAAGUAAUUUUAUUAUUUUACCUGAAAAUAGAAGAAUUAAAUGGAAUUCUUUCAAAAUUGCUUUUCUUACAAGAGGCUUUGGUCAAUACUCAGAGCUUGCCUGCAUGAACACGACAGCCUUGAGAGAAAUAUCACAUAAAACAAUAUCAUAAUAUCRGUUGUAUUGAAAAUUAAUCCUAAAGUGCAAAUUCGAUAAUACGAAAUCCAAUAUCUGGAUCCUUCCAAGAAAUACUUGACCAAUGUAUU